AUGCACCCCACAAACAGCCGGUCUAGCUGCUGCCCUUCUCCGCAGAAGCCGCACCGCACUGCGCCAAACCACUCGCACCGCUCCCUGCAACAAAACCCGCAGCAGCAGCAGCAGCAGCAGCAGGUCAGUCUAGUGCACCAAGUGCAACAACAGCGGCAGCAGCAGCAGCAGCAGCAGGUGGGUCUAGUGCGCCAAGUGCAACAACAGCAACAGGCAGUGAGCUGCCUGUGGAGGCGGCGUCGCGCGCAAGCUGCAAAUACACUAGCAGGCCAAGCACAGCAGCAGCAGUUGCUGCUGCUGCUGCAGCAGCAGGAACUCACUCUGGCCUGGGCCCCUGGAUCUCGUCUUCAUAGACAUAUUGGCUGCUGCCGAUCUUCAGUCCCACGGCGUCAUCAGCUUCGCUUUGCUGCCACGUCACCCCCGGUCCCUUGA